AAGUUUGGCAGAAGUGAACGGCACAGUGGCCCAUCAACAUCUCCUGUAGGAACACAAUUUCCCCCAGCAUUGGAAUUUUCUGUCACGCAUCACUUUGACAUCCAGUUAGUCAACAAAAGAUGCAGAACUCAUGAUUCACGUCGCAGUAUCCAACGCAGAGAAAACAACUUGGUUCAAUGACAAUUCUUGUCGUCCAAAUUGCCGAGUUUUAGCUCAACCAAUCGUGUCCUGUUGUGACCAUGGAUAACUAUCCUCCCGUAGUGAUUUUCGCGUUUAUCGAAAUAUUAUAUUCUGAACUCUACUAAUUGGGGGGCACCAACUGCUCAGUUGUGGCCUAGGACACCACACGCCAUUGCAUUCCAGGCGCCUUAUAAUUUUCAAAUUCAAUAUAGUCAAGAGUGCGUAUAGAGCUAUUAACCAUAAAGAUUAAGUAAAAAUUCUAAGAUGGAGUUUCUCAUUGGAUGUUUGACUCUCUUUGCUACGUCAUUUUUGAUCGCAACUUUGAUCGUUUAUUCUAUUCAUGAAAAAAUGCGCAACAUCCACGCUGUGAACGUUAUGUGUUUUUUGGUCUCAUUGACCGUCAUGAACAUCUCUUUGGCCUUACGUUUUCUCGUUAAAGUCCUUGAUAUUCCGACCGGUCUUUGUUCUAUAAUAGCAAUUUCACAGCAUUUUUCCUUUAUCGCCACUUAUUCUUGGCUCAACGUCGUGUGUUUUGGAGUUUGGCGGAUGUUUAGUUCCAUUAGACCACCGACUCAGACACCCAUCUGGAGCAAACGGUUUUUCUAUUCUUCCGUUUACGGAUGGGGAAUUCCGUUAGUCAUCGUGGUCGUCGGACAAAUCCUCCAACACUGCGAUGUGCCAGAUUACAUCGUUAAACCGGGAUUUGCGUCAGACGAAUUGUACUGCUGGUUUGAUCGUAACGAUAGAGAGCCAUUAAUUGCGUAUUUGUACGGACCUAUAAUUGCCAUGAUCGGAGCCAACUGUAUCAUGAUUAUUUGGGCUGGGAUCAAAUUUUGCCAGAGAAGCGUGGAAUCGUCACAAGUGACCAACGUUUCCCGUAAUAAACAAAGGUUUAAAGUGAUACUGAUUCUUUUUUUGCUGAUGUGUAUGCCAUGGUCAAUUGGCAUAAUUAUUUUCGUGGCGGGUAUCAGUUUCGACUACCAGGUUCACCAGGUUAUGAGAAUAUUCAACAUACUGUGGCCAAUUUUCAUUUUCAUCAUCUUCGUCUGUAAGCCGAGUGUGUGGAAGAUGUUAAAACUCAAAUUCCCGAGCCUGAGUCCCUUCACCUCCACCUGUGAGAAAAUGGGUACCCGCGUAGUCCCCAAGAAAAUCAAGCGCCAUCAACCUGCUAGUGCCGAAGAAAGCUGCAAUUCCAACAUGACUGGCAGCAGCAGCAAUAACAAAACUUCCCAGCUAACUCUAACGUCCGAAUCGACGGAUUCGAUUGAUGUCCCGAAACAAGUUUUUGAAUUGCCUUUGACGAGGUCAUUGUCUUCUGCUUUCUGAGUAAAAGUGAUGGGUAAAGACAGAUGCUGAUCGAACAACAAUUAAAAUAAUCACUCAAACCACCUGUCAGAGUAGAUUACGUGUUGUGUAUCGGGAAAUUGAUUCGUGGCAAUGUAGAUGGACAAGUCUGGACCUUGUAAAUAUCCAAGUAUUCCACAUCAUAACUAAUAAUUGUAUAGUCUACCUACGUAAUCAUUAUAUGCACCAUUGCACUUCUAACGUUUAGCGCCUCAUAAGAGUGUUUCUGACGAUCAAAAUGGACGCGGCCAUAUGAGAUUAAUUUACCAUCUGUUUUGUGUGUUCAUACGUAUAUCUCCGCUCAAUUCAAUAAUUAUAUUAAUGCAAAAGAGGAUUUAUUUUUUAAAACUAUAAUUCACCGAUACCAAUAAACGCAUUAUUUUUUAA